GGGGCACCCCGGGGCUCGGCUUUCCCCAGCCCGGGGACGGGCACGGUGCCGGCUGGCUGAGCAGAGCCGCUCCCUCCAUGGCUCCUGCCACGUUGUAUGGCCAAUGCCACCUGCGUAACCGCGCCCAGGUGAUCACCGGGGGACACUACGACGUGGACUGCUACGUGGAGGACCCCAACGGCAGGACGAUCUACAAGGAGACCAAGAAGCAGUACGACAGCUUCCCGCACCGUGCCGAAGUCGAGGGCGUCUACACCUUCUGCUUCAGCAAUGAGUUCUCCACCUUCUCCCACAAAACCAUCUACUUCGACUUCCAGGUGGGCGAUGAGCCGCCCAUCCUGCCCGACAUGAGCAACCGCGUCACGGCCCUGACACAGAUGGAGUCGGCCUGCGUCACCAUCCAUGAGGCUCUGAACACAGUGAUCGACUCCCAGACUCACUACCGCUUGAGAGAAGCGCAGGACCGGAGCAGAGCUGAAGAUCUCAAUGGCCGGGUCUCGUACUGGUCGGUUGGGGAAACCCUCAUCCUCUUUGUGGUCAGCAUUGGGCAAGUGAUGCUGCUGAAAAGCUUCUUCACUGAGAAGAGACCCGGCAGCGGCGGGGCCAGCACCUAGAGCCGCAGCUGCUCCGUGCCCGGACUGCGGUGGGGGCGUGCGGGCAGCAUUCUUCUGGGUCGCACUUCGCCUCGGGUUUCUGCAAGGUGCUGCCAUGGGGAGGGGGCUGGGGGGAGCAGAGGAUGGCAUGGCGCUGCUGAGCCGGGUAGGGAAUGGACCCCCCAGCACCGUCAUCCCCCAGCCGAUCCCCCCAGCAUCACUUCAUGCUUUGCCUUCACCUGCCCUGCGGCCCCAUCCCCGGGUUUGAAGGGGACACACAGCCUCCCAGCAAAUCAUUUCCCACAUCGCAGGAGCAAGCGCCAUGCCCGUUACAGGGUGGGAUUUUCCUAUUUACAUGGGUCCACACCUGGAGGUCGGCCCCCUGCACCUCCCCUCCUGCCCCACAGACCGUGAGAGCAGGCACAGCUCUUCCCACCCAUGCCGAGGAAGCGCCGUCCCCCCACCAGCAGCAGCGAGGACCCCCUGCACCCCCUUUCCCUGGAGUCCCACAAAGCAGAGACACCCCCCCCACAAGAGCGGGCAGGGGAUCGCUCCUCCGAAGCAGCCCUGCUGGCAUUUUAUUUUGCCACUUCGUAAUAAACCCCCAUG